GACCGUUUCCAUGGCGACGGCGACACCUUCUGUCACACGUCUGUCGCAAGAGCCGCUGCUGUGCAGCCGUAUCCAUGGAAACCAGUGGAACAAACCAAGCCGCAGAGCCGCGAUGGGGGGAAUUUCAUAGAAAGAGAGUGGCCACCAACAAUAACUAAUUAAACAGAUAAAGGUCCUUGAGAACAGUUAAUUAUGUCAGAGUAAACAUGUCAGUAAAUCAUAGAGCAGCAUCACCGAAUAAGUCAAUUGCUGUAGGACACCUGGAUGAAGAACUCAAAGAACCUUACCCAUUUUACAACAAAGCUAAUCGGGAUGAGCCGAGUGAAUAUGUUGGCGAGAAUAUAUUGCAAAUUGUAACGAAGCAUGAAGUCCUAGAGAAUAAUAGCAGAAAGUAUGCUUGGGAAGAUCUAAAUAAUGAGAAGUAUAGAGUUGGUGCAUGGAGCCCUCAAAGUACAGAGAGGGGCCAGGAUGACACAAGCAGGGAGGGAAGCUUGGACAAUUUAUAUGUACAGGAAGUACAAAAUGAAAUGUUAGAAUUCCAAAAGUGGUCAGAUGGAUCAAGCUACAAAGGAAACAUUUCCAUGGAUCUUAAACUGGGCCAUGGGGAGUUCAAAUGGGUGAACGGAGAGAGUUAUAUAGGGGAAUUUUACAAAGAUCACCAACAUGGGAAAGGAACUUACAUGUGGCCUGAUGGAUCCAAAUUCACUGGUUCUUUUUAUCUCAGUCGUAAAGAAGGCUAUGGUACCAUGCGAUUUGCUGACAAAAGAAAAUUCCAGGGCCUAUACAAGUCUGAUGCUCGAUACGGACCUGGCAUAGAAACCUAUGAAGACAACAGCCAGGAUGUCGGGAUUUGGCUUGGACAUCAUAUCAUUAAAAUAUCUGCUGUGGUCCCAGGGUCAUUCUCCAUUUCAUGUUAUCCAACGUUUAGUCAUAUGAUUAAUGAAGGAACAUCUAAUGGAGAAUAUUGCAGUCCAGCGUUGGAAGAGAAUGAGGAGGAAGAUCCCUUUUUUUAUAGAUACAAGAGCUUGCUCCGUGAGGACAGCUACACUCUGCCUGAACAGAUCUACUUGUAUUCUACAGACACAGAUCACCUUCCACUCCCUCCAUCAGUGCGCACAGAUUUUGAUCUCAAGUUCUGUAGGAGUACCGAGAACCAGGUGAACCAAUCCAAUGAGUACACAUCUCCAAGUGGGCAGUGUAGCAGUGACCUGAAGGCAAUCUAUCUGCAUGUUAACAAACACAGGAACAGUCCAGAAUACUUGAGCUGGAACCUUGGUUCUAUAAUGUGUGGAGACCGGGAGAGAUUUGGCACCAAGGGGCCUCGUGAGCUCACAGCGGAGAGACUCAUUAGGAAGGCUGCAGAGGGAGAUUAUGAAACCGUUUAUAACAUCUUGAGACAUGACCUGGCUCAUGUGGAUGUAUCAGAUUUUAAUGGAAACACUGCCCUGCAUGCUGCAACUGUGAAUGGUCAUAAUAAUAUCAUUAACCUUCUUCUUGAUAAUGGAGCGGAUGUCAGUAAAUGCAAUGACGAAGGAGUUACAGCCCUUUCCCUGUGCAUGAUGAUUUUCUACAACAACAAAACAUUAUGGCCAAAUGUGGCCGAGAGAAAUUUUGCUCCUGACCCGGAAGGAAGCACUGAGACCUGCCCCGCUGGUAGCGUGUUGUAUAAACAAGAAGAUUCUAGGACAUCACCACCAAAUAGCACAAACCAGGCAAACCAGAUCUCAGAGAAUAAAGACUGUUAUCCAAAGGACAGCUCUGACAGUAAUAGAGAAGCCACCAUGAACUUACUUGUCCAACGUGGUUCUGAUCCCAGUAAGUGCUGCAUACCGAUACCUGCCUUGUUUUUUGCAAUCAAAACUGCGGAUUUCCACAUGGUUAAGUCACUCCUGCAGCAUGGAGCCCGUACUGACAUCCAGCUGAGUACUCCGUAUGGAUCCGUUACCCCUCUUCACAUUGCUGCAGCACUUCCUGUCGCAGAGGGAGUUCGAAUAACAGAGGUCCUGCUGCACGCAGCAGCUGACCCUAACGCCAGAGCAGGAGAUGGAGACUACAUAUAUAAACAAGACAGGGAUGAAAAAACAAACCCCGUCCCUGGAUUUUUUAAAAAGGACUUGGUGGAUUCUGGCAUUGUUCUGUAUAACUACUUCACUAUGUCUUCUACUGUCCCAGAGGUGGGAGGCAGGACACCUCUACAUGUGGCAUGUGAGAGAGAAGAUAACUACAAGUUUGCCAGGGAUAUAAUCUGUUUGCUCUUGAAUCAUAAUGCCAACACGAAUGUCCUAUGGAGUGGUCACUCUCCCCUCUCUCUCGCUGUGGCCAGUGGAAACGACCUGGCUAUAAAAGAACUUUUAGCAAAAGGAGCAGACCCCAACAUGGCUCUGGGCCCCCCGGUGGGCAGUGUACUCUGUGCAGCAGUCAGUACCACCUAUGAGAAGCAGAGACCCGUACCUGUACGCAUAGCUCUGGUGGAUAAGCUGAUAAAAUCUGGUGCAAACAUGUUGAUGCCAAUUACUAUAGGUGCUGGGAAGAGGACUGGUUUGGGAACUGCUACAGAUUUUGCUUAUUACAAAUACCUCCAGGACAAAAGAAUAGCAAAUUCUCCCUAUCAUGGUUUGUCAGCAGACGAACGUGAAAUUUACAAUGAGCGCAGACAGCUGUUAGAUCACUUGGGAAAGCUGACACGGGACGCUGUAACACUAAAGGAAAAAGAGUGGGCUACGGAAGGCAUAGUCCGUGAGCCUGCAUUACCCAGAGAAAUGUUGGCUAGGAGGAACAAGGAAUGGCUUGUUCGUGAAGAAAGCGCAUCAACUCCCCGAAAAGAUUUCUUCAAAUACUGCUGCCUGUGUGGCCGAUCUCUUGGUGUCAAGCUGUCUGCUUGUUCGCGAUGCUAUUCUGUAUUCACCUGUAACAGGCUGUGCAAGAAGAGAGCUUUGGAUGAAUUUCACAAAGAGGAAUGUCAGCCUUAUACAGGAUAUCUCAGCAGCAAACCCUCUACAGGUAGAACUAAAAUGACAGGGGAAGAACUUGCAGUCAAUCAAAACUACAGCUUUAACUGAUCAGAAGCAUUUCCCAAAAAAUGUCAUUGCAUUUGAUUAUAAUAAUAAAGAAUCCUGCACGUAUUCCUAUAUGAUCGGAAAUUAAUUGUACCGUUACGAAGUGUUAAUCUUCCAUCAGACAUUUAAUAUG